UGCAUCACUGAUAACCGGCGCCGCCAGCAAUAGGACUCGCCAUUGGCUGCGGAAAGUUGUUUACGGCAGUUCAAAAAAGUUGGGUGUAUGCGAUCGGUUACGUUGUUGAAAGGCAAGACCCGGAUAUAUUUUUAAUAUUUAUGAUCCGUCUUUCACGUGGCCGGGCUUCAGGAUGGUGCGAUACACCGCCCUUAAAGGAUUGUACGAUCUGGAAAAGACAAUCGGUAGCGGCGGUUUCGCCAAAGUCAAAUUGGCAACUCAUGUCGCUACCGGUGAGAAGGUUGCCAUCAAGAUUAUGGAGAAGACGACGUUAGGCGAAGAUUUACCAAGAGUGAAGCUUGAAGUGGAAGCACUCAAGACACUGUUGCAUCAACAUAUCUGUAGAUUGUAUCAAGUGAUAGAGACAGAGAAUCAUUAUUUUAUGGUAUUAGAAUAUUGUUCCGGUGGAGAACUAUUUGAUCAUAUAGUUGAGAAAAACAGGUUGCCCGAAAUUGAAGCUCGAAGGUUUUUUUGCCAGAUAAUUUCUGCUGUUGCAUAUAUGCACAAUUUAGGAUAUGCUCAUAGAGAUUUAAAACCUGAGAAUGUUUUAUUGGAUAAAGAAGAAAAUUUAAAAUUAAUUGACUUUGGGCUAUGCGCAAAACCCAAAAUGGGAAUGCAAGCACAUUUAUAUACUUCUUGUGGUUCUCCUACUUAUGCAGCACCAGAGCUCAUAAUGGGGAAGAAAUAUUUAGGUUCAGAAGUAGACAUUUGGAGCAUGGGAGUUCUUCUUUAUGCUUUAUUAUGUGGCUUUUUACCUUUUGAUGACAAUAGUUUAGAGAAUUUAUACAAAAAGAUACUUAGUGGCAAAUAUGAGGAACCAUAUUGGCUUUCUCAUGACAGUAAAGCAUUAAUCAAAUCAAUGCUACAAGUUGAUCCAGUAAAGAGAAUUACUAUUCAUGAAUUAUGUCAUCAUCCAUGGAUUACAUCAAAUUCUUUGAAGCCUGUAGUAUUUAUUCAUAAAACAAAAUUUGAAAAAGAUGACGAAGUAUUGAGCACUAUGUCUGCUAUUUGUGGUGAGAGUAAUACAGACAUAUGGAAGAAACUUAUGCGGAGUGAUAGGACUGAUUAUAGAACAGCUACAUAUCUAUUGUUGCUUGAUAGAAAAUUACGUGGACUUUCAUUAAAAAUAGCAACAAAAUCUCAUCUUAAGCCAGAAAUGAAUGGUACCAGUUUUCCACAACGCGAAGCAGUAAUCAACAAUUUUAUAACCAAACUCGAUCAUUCUCCAAGAAGUAAAAUAAAUAAUAAGCUAUCUCCCGUGGUUGAUGUCACUUAUAAUCUUCUGCCCCAAAAAAGUGAUGAAAAUAACUUCACAGCACCAUGUAUACCAGCACGAAAAAGAUUACGAAGCAGAGAACCUGAUGAUAUAUCACCCAUUCCAGCAAAAAGACCGCCCGAAAAUAAAUCAGUUACUACUCCUACACAAUGUUUAACACCAGAUUCUAGAACUUCACAAACAUCUACACCCGGGAGUGCAAGAAAAGUUAUAAUGGGAUUAGAACGAGGAUUGAAUCGAGUGAGAUAUGUUCUCACACCAAAGAGACGAGUGAAGAAUGAAAAUAUAGAUCCCGAGGAACCAAAUGUACUGUCAGGAAAGGGAUUAUCUAAUGUGUCCGCGACGUGCAGCGGUUGUCCAAAGCAUGUCCUCUCGAAAUUGCGAAGAGCACUUCGACGAAAGGGUAUAAUGUGUCGUCAGAAAGGAUUUAUUCUACAAGGAGAGACUGAAGAGUCGUUUUCGGAAGAUAAGAAAAAUUCGUCUAAGUCAGUCUCCUCUCAAAAUUCCUGUUCCUUUGAGCUUGAAGUCUGCCUUUUGGAGAUAGGUCCAGAUGGAAAACGAUUAGUUGGUAUUCGCCGAAAAAGAUUAAAAGGUGAUGCGUGGGUCUAUAAACGCGUCUGUGAAGAAAUUCUUGCUCUCACAACAGAAGACAUUUCUACAGAUCCGGAAGAUUCCUUCGAGUCCAAAUGUCCUAUUUGAGGACGGCGAUAUCGAUACUAAGAAUGUUUCGACCGAAGCGACUAUUCCACGUACAGCACAAAGAAAUUUCUUGCGCGCAUUUUAGAGCACUUUGAGCCCUUUCUGUCCAGAAUAUGUAAAGCUCAAUUUCACGUUUAUACCACAAAUAUAAAGUAUCGCGGCCCGUUUGAAGCGAUCCGCCACGGCCUGCCGAUACAUAGGGCUAUAUAGACAGGCGAGGAUAUAAAAUCACCACAAAUCGAUCAGCAUAAAGUGAAGUAGUGGCGCGUAUACAUCUUUGUUUUCGCUUUAUGGGAGAGAAGAUGAGAAAAGGAGAGAGACCGACCCUUUAUAUCUGCCUCUCGUUCGAAUAAUCGUCGAAUCUUCCCUUUCUCGUGCACUCAUACCCAUAUCCACAGCCAUCGUUUUUUCCCCUCACCGAUUCGGUACCGGCGCGAGACAAAGCCCGGUUGCUGGCGGCCCACGGUCUUGCAAUUGUUGUACUCGCGGCGAAAAAGAGAAAAGACGAUACGAGAAGACGAUUGCCCGCAAAAUUGCUAUACGACGACGCGAAGCAUCGUCUACGGAGUAUCUUUCGGAAGUUUCUGCGAAAACUGGAUAUGAUGGAAUAUUGGAAGAGAAAAAGGAUGGAAAGAAAAAGAGCGAGUGCGUUUGAAAGGAAUGUAAAUAUUCAUAAAGAAGAAGAAAGACUUAAAACUUCUCGUGUGAAAUCAUAGGGGAUAAUCAUAUUUCGAGGUGGUAAGCCGCAACGAUUAAUUAUAAACGUUUAAAAUUAAUUCGAGGCCACAGAAACCAACGAGAGAGUUGCGUAAUGAAGUUACUCUACGCGCGUGAUAUAUGUAAGCCUCUAAGUUGACGGGGUAUAAAUUACAAUUAACUGCGCACGCACGUGCACGUUGCGAUCUUCGAUUCAUCAUUGCCGUUAAGCCGAAAGAACUGAAGCGAAGUAUAAGA